UGAGAUGCUCGUCGUCACAUACUUGUCAGGUUUGUCCUUCUCGGUCGGCCCGGCCGCGCUGCCGCAGCCGGCUCCGCCCGGCUCGCCGGGCUGCUCCGCCUCGCACUCCGCCGCAGGGCGGCACGGCGCCGCGACGCUCGCUGCGCACUCCGAGGCGUCCUCUGCAGACGGCUGGCGCGGCGGCAGCGGACAGCGCUGGCUGCUGCAGCCUGCGCAGUCUGCCGCGCAGUCUGCCGCCGCGCUGCUCGCCAGCGCUGCGCUGCUCCUUGGCUCAGCCUCGCCCGGCUACGCCGAGAACGAGCUGGCCGACCUGGCGCAGGGGCAGUUCAAGUCGGAGCUGAUUGACCCGCAGUGCUUCGCCAAGUCGUGCAAGCUGCAGACAAAGGCGUGCGCGGAGAACGGCGACUGCAUGAAGGGCCUCACCUGCGCCGCCAAGUGCAUGGGCGACACGCAGUGCACCGUCGGCUGCUUUGCCAAGUUUGGCAACCCGGUGCUCGACGACGUGCUCUCGUGCACCAUCGAGGACCAGAGCUGCCUGAAGAUCGCCAUCGUCGCGCCGGGGGCUGACGGUCCGCUGGACGCGCCGCUGCCGCCCAAGCCGCUCGUCGCGGUGACGCCGCAGCAGAUGGCGGGCAAGUGGUACAAGGUGAUGGGCUGGAACUCCAACUACGACUGCUACGACUGCCAGCGCAACUCCUUCCGGCCGGCCGCGCGGCAGCAGGCGAUGGCCAUCGCGGCGGACGGGUCGGCGGUCGACGUGGACGUCGAGUACUCGCUGCCGCGGCAGCGCGCGGGCAUGCCGCAGGACUUCCACGCGCAGCUGCACGAGAAGCUCGUCUUCGACACGACGCCCGGCUCGCACCGGACGGCGCACACCGAGGGCAAGAUGUUUGGCCUCACCUUUUGGGAGAACUGGUACGUGAUCGGCGCUAACGACCGCGGCGAGGACGCGUUCCGCAUCGUCUACUACACGGGCAAGACGCUGCAGAACAAGUACGAGGGCGCCUUUGUGUACGCGCGCAAGCCCGACCUGCCCGCCUCCGCCAUGCCGCACAUCUACUCGAUCGCGCGCCAGGCCGGCCUCGAGCCGACCAGCUUCUGCGCCAUCGACAACCGCUGCUACGCGGCGCCCGCCGCCACGGCGGGCGAGACGCCGCAGCCGCCGCCCUUCACCAACGUCGCGGCCGCCGACACGAUCGAGCUGGACGAGGCUCCGCUGUCUGCGCCCGCCACGCCGCCGCCGCGGAUGGGCGUGCUGCGCGACGCGCAGGAGUUCCUCGAGGACCCGCGGCCGUUCGGGCGGGCCAUCUUCGAGAAGCAGAAGAAGAUGUCCGAGAUCCGAGAGUUCGAUGCCGACGGAAGGUCGCUGCCCUCAGAAAACUUCCGCUCAAGCGGCAGUCGUUGACCGCAGUACGCGAGUUCCGAGAGUACCGACAGUGGACAGAGAUGUGUGGCAAGUGGCAUGCGUUGAGGUGGUGCGUAUGUGCGAGUGAUGGGGUGUUAUCCGCGUAGCAUGGCUGAGGCUUGGGGCCAGUCACCGCUGUUAUUCAGUAAAUACAUUACGGCUCUACCUGACAUGCAAAA